ACCCUGAACCCUUUUUAAAAAAUUUCAGCUACUAUUCAAGUACACUUCCAUACUCGAACUUAUUUAUCUAGGGUUACACAUUAUAUGGGUAUGUCCUGUUUUUAGCAGGAUGAACAACUGACCUGCAAUCUUUAUGGUGAUAACCGCGAUCCUUUACUUUAUAUAGAUAUUGGGUGAUCUCUGUGUUUUUGUAUUGUCCGUGAAUGUUGAAUAAUUGGUAUUUAUAGAACCCUGUAAUGUCUUCUGCUUUAUUCGCUUUCUGGGGUUUGCUGGUGUGCCUUCAUGGAUGCGCUGCUCAUGCUGCAUCGCUUCCCCAAAAUUUUGAUAGAUCAAGUGCAAAGAUGUUAAAUGUUGGGGAAGAGCUGACCCGGGAGGUUCUCCCACUUAGUAAGGGCCAGUCCUUAUAUGAAUUACAUGGCCUUAAAGCACCCAGGUGGUAUGAAGUGAAGAUUUCUUACCCAGCCUCUAUACCAGCCAGAUUUUCUAUUGCAAUUGUACAAGACAAUUCCACUAAGGUUUUCAAUCUUGGAAGAAGACUGCUGAACACAGAGAAGCUAAUAUUCAAGGCAGACAAUAUUGUUCCGGAAGUUUCUGGAUAUGAUAGAAUUUUUGCACUUGUUUCAGUGGAACCUGCAGGUGUUGUUGCAAAAUCUCAUUUCAGAGAGCAACAAUUUGUGAUAUUUAACAUUGUCUGUGACGAAUUACUCUUUGGAAUACCAAAUCAAGCAUGGUGGGUGGGCUUUGUUGUAGUUUUAGGCAUUGCCAUCAUUUUGUCUGUUACAAACUUUUUACCCUCUGAGUGGCUUCCAAGGGAAAGUAGCAAGGAACGUAUGAAGCGAAUCUCCUAGGUUUUUCACAGUUAAGAUUGAAUGAAACAUCCGAAUAUUAUUGAAAUUAGCAGUUCACGUGUUUAAACAUGCUCACAUUUUGAUGCCUACUUCGAUAGCAUCUAUUCUUUUGCACAACCAUUGGUGUACAAUGGGAAAUGAAAUAUUUUCAGUCUCAGUUCAAUUCAGAGGUUGAUACAAAAACUUGCUUAAGAAAGAGUACGGUUCUUCAACGUGAAAUAUUUAAAUAGCUUCCAUUUAGAACUUAAUAGGAGAUGAUAUAAUUUUAAGGAGUGAGUCAGAGCUGUUUUACAACAAUCAGUCUCUGUUUUCUUAGAGAAUAAAUGUUGUUUGAGUGUAAAUAAACAAUUCUCAAAUAGAUUCUUGUACUUUUUAAAGUCCUUGAAACUAAAAAAGGUUUCUCUUGUUUGAACAUUUUGAAAACUGCAAUAAAAAGGCCAAAGUUGCAAUUA